CCCGGAUGGAGCUGGGGGAAGUGAACAGGACUGCACAAUAACUCAAGGCUGGAAAGUGUAGGGGGAAAAAAUCUUAAAAGAACACGCCGCGGAACGGAAUUGGAUUAAAAUUUAAACGGUGGACUUUAUAAUAACCUCAGACACCAUCCGGACCGGAAUAUUGUACAUUCAGGUGUUUGUGAGAAUCUGGCGGUGGAACUUGCUGAGGAUUUGUGCCGUGAAAAAUAACGUUACAGCAGCAGCAGCAGCAGCUAACAGCGCCAGCAGCCCAAGAAGGAAACACUGACUCGGAAUAACGCUGAAAACCCCCCCAAGUUUGCAAGACUCUUAGUGAUUAUAGAGGCUCGGUUGAUGAAUUAUGUCUACCACCAGUAUUGAUCCUCAGACAUCAAAAGGACAAGAUGCUAAAGUGCAAAAUGGCUCACUCCACCAAAAGGAAACGGUCCAUGACAACGACUUUGAACCAUACCUCACUAGCCAGUCUAAUCCGAACAACAGCUACCAAUCCAUGACUGACCCCUACUUAUCAAGCUACUAUGCGCCAUCCAUUGGGUUCCCUUACCCCCUUAGUGAGGCUCCCUGGUCAACUGGCGGUGACCCUCCAAUCCCUUAUCUUGCCCCCUAUGCCCCACUUAGCAACGGAGACCACCAUUUCAUGCAUGACACUGUGUUUGGACAGCCAGGGGGAUUGGGUAGCAGCAUCUACCCCCACCGUUUUAACUUUUUCCCAGAGAAUCCUGCCUUCUCAGCUUGGGGCACCAGCGGCUCUCAGGGCCAGCAGACUCAAAGCUCAGCCUAUGGUGGCAGCUACAGCUACCCACCCAGUUCUCUGGGCGGCACGCUUGUGCCUGACGGGCAGACAGGCUUCCACAGUGACACCUUGAACAAGGCACCAGGUAUGAACAGUUUGGAGCAGGGCAUGCUGGGGCUGAAGAUCGGGGGUGAUGUUGUCACCGGCACUGGCUCGGCUGUCAAGACUGUGGGUUCGGUCAUCGGUGCCAGUGGUGCAGUAGCCACUGGCAACGGUGGAACCCCAGUAGGCAUGCCAGCCCCCAAACCGACCUCGUGGGCAGCCAUCGCAAGUAAGCCAGCCAAAGCGCAGCAGUUGAAGGUCAAAAGCAAAGCUGGGAUGCCUGUGGCAGGAGGUGCGCCUCCACCACCACCCAUCAAACACAACAUGGACAUUGGCACCUGGGACAACAAGGGGAGCAAAGUGGCAUCACCUUUGCCUCCCCAGCAACAACAGCAGCCGCCUUCGCUCUCACAUGGUCACUUGCCCCCUCACCCUCAGCCACCCAUGCCCUCAGCCCAGUCACUGGCACAGCAUAUGGCUCUGCAGGCUCCACCUCCUCCUGCUCCUCCACAGCCCUACCAGAAUCAUACACCGGUUCCGCCCCCUCAGACACGAUGGAUAGCACCACGUAACCGGAACCCAGGUUAUGGUGGAGGGGGCAGCAUGGAUAGCACUGGCCCUUCCAGUGGUGGCGGAUUGGGCAACGGUGGAGGAGGAGGAGUGAUGGGCCCUAGCUCUAGCUCUAGCAUGGGCUCAGGAGACCCACACCCAUUGCUGGAGAAGCUGCGUGCAUCGCAUAGCUACAACCCGAAGGACUUUGACUGGAACCUGAAGCAUGGCCGUGUUUUCAUCAUCAAGAGCUACUCAGAAGAUGACAUCCACCGUUCAAUCAAGUACUCCAUCUGGUGCAGCACAGAGCACGGCAAUAAGAGGCUGGACGCAGCAUUCCGUGCCCUCAAUGGUCGGGGCCCUGUCUACCUGCUGUUUAGCGUAAAUGGCAGUGGGCACUUCUGUGGCGUGGCCGAGAUGCGCUCACCAGUGGACUACGGCACUAGUGCCGGUGUCUGGGCUCAGGACAAGUGGAAGGGCAAAUUUGACGUUGACUGGCUCUUUGUCAAGGAUGUGCCCAACAGCCAGCUGCGCCAUAUCCGCCUGGAGAACAAUGACAACAAACCUGUGACCAACUCACGUGACACCCAGGAGGUACCACUGGAGAAGGCCAAGCAGGUGCUGAAGAUCAUUGCCACCUACAAGCACACCACAUCCAUCUUCGAUGAUUUCUCACACUAUGAGAAACGACAGGAGGAGGAAGAGGUGGUGAGAAAGAACUAUGAACCCACUUCCUCCCAGAAUCGAUCACGUCUGGAUCAGGAACGCCAAAAUCGAAGUAAACAAUAGAAGACUGCACCUCAUCCCAAUAGCUUGAUCAACUGUUUUAGGACUGACCAUUUGAAAAUGAAAUUUAAAAACAGGACACGAGAAGAAAUUUUAAAAAAAGAAAAAUAAACAGUUGUCUAUUUAAUUCUGGGGACUUGGGCCAGCAUCAAACUCAAGGUUCUGCCCUACUGGUUCUGGUUCCAGCUCCUUUGGAGAUGAAAUCAAUUAGCGCCUAUCAAAUGAUGGCACCAUGAUCAUCUUUGUCUCUCUUUGGUCAUUUGGUUUGGUUUCUACAUACCUCCCUCCUUCCUUACUUAACUGACUUUGGCCAACAGUUAUCUGCACUUUUUUUUUUCUUUUCUCUUUUUUUUUUUUAACCAUACCUGCUACUGGCUGUGAGCGUCAAAGUGAGUCAGUGACUGUUGAAAACCCAUGAUGCGUGUUUGUAAGUAUGUGUUGACAUGGUGGUUGGUAAAGUGAGGAAAAGACUAAUUUGGAAGCACCGUAGACUCCUCCCCAGCAUCAGUCACUGUACUUGGCCAGUUGAAUUUUGUACAAUCAAGAUGUGCAUCUUUGUUGUUGGUUGUAGGGAUUUGAAAGGCGUUGACUGAGGAGUAUAUGUGCCACUGCAUAUAAGGGACAGAGAAAUGUGUCUUGAUACACAAUGAUGUUGCUGUAAAAGAAAACUAUAUUUUUGAAUUAUGUAACACUCAGCUUCUAACUUUUUUUUUGUGGUAAGUCCUAUUGGUCAGAUGAUGUUGCUUUUCAUUUACUUUUCAUGCUCGGAGCCUUAACAUUUUAAAGCUAUUUUGUCAUCAAAACCGUUAAAUAAUUGCUGUACUAUACCUCAACAGCAUAAUCAGGGAAAAGACGUCCCGUGCACCCUCAACCCAAGGGAAGUCAACAUCAUCACUGGCUGAAGUGAAGAGGAAAAAUAUUGUCUGAGUUAUGGUUCUGAGCCAAGUGCUAUGAUUUGUUUUACUCUGCUUAUGGUUCGAAAGCAGCAUUCUAACUGUACUGUUCCACUGAUGUCCAGCAGAGGCUGUUGUUUCUUUACUCAAGCCAAUUUAAGAGAAAUGUAGCAUUCACUGCUUACUGAAAUCAGUUUAGGUGCAUCACUUCCAGUAGGUUUGUUUCUCAUCCUUUCUUAACAAUUCAGUUUAUUGAUCUUUUCUUCCCCUCAUCCUGAGUAUAAUGCUAAGCUUUAAUGUAGGAGCAUAUAAUAACUGAGAACGCCUCAAAUGUGUAACCUGAAAAAUUAAUGUUACUGAUUUACUGUUAAAAGUAGAAAAAAAAAGAAGCAAAAAAAGAGUAUACGGUUUCUGUGCGUGAUUUUUUUAGGACCUGCUUGCUGUUGUGCGUGUGUUUGUGUGUGAAAGAGGGAGUCUAUCAUGUGAGGACUUGAGAUUUAUAUAAUCAUAUUACAAAUGAUUUAUGAGAAUAUAUGAAAUACUAAAAAAAAAAUUACAAGGCAAACAUUUUAGUCACCCCUGAAAUGAAUAUGCAUUGUAUGGAAGGUCACUAUCUAUCACGUUCUUAGAUUUGAUCAUGGUCAUUAUUAAAAUAAUACUAUAUGUUGUAA